GUGAGAGAUUAGAGCAGUGGCGGGUCCUCAUUGCAGCUGCACAACGACGAGACCGAGCCAAUGAUCAGCAUCGUGUGGACAGCUCCUCGAAGCUGUGACUCUUCGCCGACCUCGCCAAGACCAAGCAGCCAUUUCCACUUGGAACGAAGUCCGCCAGCAACAUAAUCCAAGAUGGUAGAAGCAAAAGAACAAGUGAGUCACGCUUGCAGGUUUGAGUUGUGCAUUCAAGUACGCAGAGUACAUGGAUACCAGGCACUCACUCAUCUAUUACGCCGCUGAAAGCGAACACCGCGUUGAAGAACCACUUAUGGAAAUCAUUUUGCUCACCGAGGCAUUUAGGCUCGACGGAUCGUCGAUAACCAGAGCAACCUGGAAGACGAAGAGUGUGGAGGAAACCUGCAAUGGAUACCGAGAUGAAGUCAUGAAACGAGUGGAGUGGUUAACUUACACUAUCAACUCCGCUACGUGUCUGCAUAUUCGACUCUUGCAGGAUUCUCGUACAAGUAUUCGCAGAAGCUUCAACAAAGAUAUCCCUUCGAAACAUGGCUUAACAGGCGCAGACAAAGGUUGUGAAGAGAAAUGGUUUGGGCAACCUGAUAUGCAACAAACCUCAUCACAUCGCUUCAGAAGAAAAUUCUUGGGUUCCCCAGUUCUACCCCGGCAUCGGCUAACGGUUGAACUAGGCUUGGCACGCUAACGAUAAUCGUGUACGCUAAGCUCUUUGCACCAAGUCUCCCUGGAACGAUUCAAAAGGAGGAAGCAGCCAGGGCACUGCCGGUGGGGAUCCAAGCAUGGCCAGUUCUGGAAUGUCGACA